UAAAAAAAAGUAGAAUUCCACAAUGGAAACCAAGAAUAUUGCAGCUCUCGUCUUGGUCCUCGCUGCCCUUCUUUGCCACAUGCGCACAGGUGACGCCCAGCGAUCUUGCGGCAAGUCGGACAUCACAAUCGCGGUGCGCAAGACGGGGAAGGUCGUGGGGAGGCAGAAGGAGUACGAGGUGGAGAUCGGGACGUCGUGCUCGUGCCCGAUGAAGGACGUGCGAGUGUGGUGCGGCGGCCUUGAGGACAGCGCAGUGCCGCUGGACGGCGGCAAGGUGGAGGUGGACGAGGGGAUGUGCGUCCUCAAGCAGCCCGUGGUGAGGGGCUCGCCGCUCGUGUUGAGGUACUCCUCGGUGGUGCCGGUGAACUUCCGCGUGUUCAACGCGGCCCCUUACUGCUAAGCUCGCACGUGCCUGCGUGCUUCCGGCAUUAACCAGGUGCCGUGUAAACGUCGUGGUAUCCCUCGCAAAUAAUGCAGUACUCAGUAUGUGUACCAAGUCAUUUACUUAAUUUAGUGGUUUUGUUCUGUGGGUGCGUCGUCGCACUUAUUGCAA